AUGGAGUGGGCAAUUGGUGAAAUCAUUAAAAAUCCGGAAAUUAUGAAAAGGGCACAAUAUGAGGUGACAAGUAUAUACAAUGACAAAGGGAAUGUUGAUGAAUCACGCCUUCAUGAGCUCAAAUACUUGCAUGCAAGUGCUCCACUUUUGUUGCCAAGAGAAUGUGGUCAGCAAUGCAAAAUCAAUGGUUACGACAUACCGGCCAAGGCGGACAUAAUCGUUAAUGCGUGGGCAAUCGGAAGAGAUCCCAAAUAUUGGAUUGAAGCAGAGAAAUUUAAUCCUUCGAGAUUUCUUGAUUCAGAAAUUGAUUACAAAGGGAAUAAUUUUGAAUACAUCCCAUUUGGUGCUGGAAGAAGGAUUUGUCCAGGCGCAUCAUUUUCUCAAGCAGUAGUUUAUCUGGUACUUGCACAAUUGUUGUUUCACUUUGAUUGGAAGCUCCUUCAAAGCCGUGAGGCUAGCCAAGCUUCUGGGGAGUUAAGACUAGUGAGAUUGGAUAUUGAAGCCCAUGCCAUGUUCGGACAGUUCUCCACGUAUAACUCCUUUAGGAACGGCAUGCGUGGCGAUGGCAAUGUCAACGUUGGGCAAUUGAAAAAAGACAAGGAUUGA